CUGGUGCCAGCAUGGAGGGCGGUGUGGAUGGCCCCAUUGGAAUCCCCUUUCCCGACCACAGCAGCGACAUCUUGAGCAGCCUGAACGAGCAGAGGAACAACGGGCUGCUUUGCGACGUGGUGAUCCUGGUGGACGGGCAGGAGUUCCCCACCCAUCGCUCAGUCUUGGCGGCCUGCAGCCAAUACUUCAAGAAGCUCUUCACCUCAGGGCUGGUGGUCGACCAACAGAACGUGUACGAGAUUGACUUUGUGGAUGCGGACGCCCUCUCUGCCUUGCUGGAAUUCGCCUACACCGCCACUUUGACCGUCAGCACUUCGAACGUCGGCGAGAUCCUCAACGCCGCCAAGCUGCUAGAGAUCGAGGCGGUGAGGGACGUCUGCACGGAUCUCCUGGACCGGAAGAUUCUGGCCAAAACGGACCAGAUGGAUACAGUAGAUCAAAUUGAUCAAAGGAACCAUCUCCGAGCAAAAGAAUACCUGGAGUUUUUCCAGAGUAAUCCCAUCAAUGGCCAACAGGGCAACUUUCCAUGGACCAACCAAGACUUGAGAGACCUUCAGAGGCUCACCUUCCGUGGCCGAGAGGAGGACGAAGAGCCGGAUUGCAACGGCAUGGAGUUCUACUCGCAGGCCGCCCUCAGUGACAGACCAAAGGCAAACGACUGUGAUCUCGAUGCCAAGCACGCCAUGUGGGACGAGGACGAGGUGACGGGCCAGGGACCCUUGUUCCCCGCUUCUCAAAAUGGACAAUUCGGUGGGCGUAGCCUGCCGGUGUCCUUGGGGGAGGAUGACGUACCAGCGGGCAUUCAGUUGGACCAGCAGGAGGUGGGAGAUUCUCCGGCGUUUGCUUCCGGCGGACCCGAGCGAGAGGAGGACCCCCGAGAAGUAGACGGCUUGGCCGCUAGCGCGCUCCUGCAGCAAAUGAUCAAUUCGGUGGGACGGCAACAGCUGGCCGACGAGGACCGCAAGGACGACGACGGAGUCAUGGAUUAUUACUUGAAUUAUUUUAGCACUUCCCAGGAGGGCGGCGAAUAUCCGUCCUGGUCUCAGAAGGUGGAGAAGAAAAUCCGCGCAAAAGCAUUCCAGAAAUGUCCCAUCUGCGAGAAAGUGAUCCAAGGAGCCGGCAAGCUCCCACGCCAUAUUCGAACCCACACCGGCGAGAAGCCGUACGAGUGUAACAUUUGCAAAGUUCGGUUUACAAGGCAAGACAAGCUGAAGGUCCACAUGAGAAAACACACCGGGGAGAAGCCCUACUUGUGCCAGCAAUGCGGGGCCGCCUUCGCCCACAACUACGACCUGAAAAAUCACAUGCGCGUCCACACGGGUCUCCGCCCUUACCAGUGCGAGAGCUGCUUCAAGACUUUUGUCCGAUCCGACCAUUUGCAUCGGCACCUUAAAAAAGAUGGCUGCAACGGCAUCCCUUCCCGCCGGGGGCGCAAACCCCGGGUGAGAGAAGCGGCCGUCGCCCCGGUCCCGAGUUCGAAUCCCGACGACAGCAGCCUGGCGGGGGGCGAGGAGGCCGAGGAGACGCAGGGGCCCGCCGCGCCCCAGGACGAGUUAGAACAGCACUUUGAAGAUAAUUCGAACGCCCACGCGGCGUCGGGAAGUUUGAAUGUAGCUGGGGGGAUUGUCUGAGGGGGAUUUAAAAAAAAAAACAUGAGGACUUUCCUAAACCAAAAAGAAAAAAAAAAGAAAAAAAUGUGUCACAAAAUCUAGUUAUAACUUUCCUCCGGUUCCUCUUGAGAGAAAAAAAAUAUAUAUAUAUGGUUUCUUCACUUUUUUUUUUUUGGACAGAAAUGAAACAAAAACUAAAGUCAGAAUAGCCUUAUAGGUGUAUAAUGUAUCUCUGUUUUGUGAUCUACCCACUCAGUUAUGAACUCUUGUUAGUCGCGGAUGAAUUUUAAAACCCGGUCCCUGCCUUGAAAAGGAGACCACCCAGCAAUCAAGGUUUUGAGCCGGGGGGCGGGUCAGGGGGGGAUAUUAAGGGGAGUAGAGAGAAUAGGUCUGCAAAACAUGAAACGAAGCUUCCAGAAUUUGUCUUAGUUUUUAAGUUUUAAAACUAUAUAUAUAUAUAUACAUACAUAUAUAUUAUAAUGGCCUUAUUUUUAGGUAUUUUAGAAGCCGCUGUUCCAAAGGGACGCAAUGUAAGGGGUCAGUAAAUUGGCUCACUUAAAAAGAAAAAAAAGGAAGCUUUAGGGGAAUAUAUAUAUAUAUAUAUAUAUAUCUCCGUUUCUUCCCAAUCACCCCCCCUUCGCCUCCUCCCCCCCUUCUAAAAUUCUCAUUUUUUUCCCUACAAAGCUGCUUGAAGAGUUUUCCUCUUAAGUCAAAUCAUAGUUCUUAAGGCUGUCGGCAGAGAAUUUCGGGCCCAUUUUUAAAAAAUUUGGUGAAGGAGCACCAAACGCCUAAAUUCUUUUCUUCAAGCUUUCGGUGUUUCGUAGAAAAAGGGGUUUCAACAUUUAUUGGGCAUGGCUCUCAAAUGUCAGGUUCAGGGACAGGAUGUUGGCCUGUCGAGCAGGGAAAAGCCAAGCUGGUGUCGUUAAGUUUCUUACAAUCCAAGAUCCCAUGUAGUGUUAAGUGGGCCAAAGGAUUUACAAGGGCUUGCCUUUUGGAUUAUUUGUGAUCAAACAAACCACAAUGCCCUUGACAGUUGUAACAAGCCACGAUUUCCAAGAUUGAUGCUAAGACUGUUUACUUAAAAUCUCGUUCUUUGUUCCCCCUCCUCCCUGGGGUGAACCAAACAAAGCUGUGUUUAAGUGGUACUGAAAGUUGCAGUACAAAGUUUAUCUUUCCCAUCCCUAAAGAGCAUCGUUUUUGUCCCCCGCCGAGUUCUGCGGAAGAGAUCUCGCGACUGGGCUCGAUUGCAUGAGCCACGCGUUGAGCUCUUCCGAUUAUUCCUCCCUGCUCUGAUACACACUCCCUCAAGGGUUGGUACAAAUAUUCCAAUUGUCAAGUUUCGAAGUCAAUCAAAACUUGUACGUACAAUCUUGUUGUACGUUGGAAGGUGGUCCUUGAAUUAGUCAACAUCCCAGACCUCGGGUGAAGCCGAUUCGAGACACUCCCAACUUCAGGAGGUUCUACCAAAUCCUCCAGACAUCCCAAUCUCUCUGGGUGGUGAUUAGUUUCGUUUAGGCAGGCCCGCCUUGCCUUCAGGCCGUGGCUUGCAAAGGAAGAGCGGUACUGUUUGGCGCGACCCCCCCCAAAUCUUGUGGGUUGGACACAGAGUUAGACCUCGGACACUUCAGGUGGGGAGAGGCCUGGGCUGCCCCCCCCCAAAGCUGUCGCACGGAUGCCGGGGGUGUGGUGGGGGGUCCCAGGCUGAAAGGUGGGCUUUUAUACUUCAAAUUCUCCCCUUCAUCUUCUCUGCCUUCAGCUUUUUCCAAACACCUUCUCUCUACCCCAUUUUAUCCCGAAACGAGCCAAAUGGGGAAAUAUUGGCCCAGCGACGGCUUUGUAAGAAAAAUGAUGUGUGUCCCUGGCAUAAAUUAAACCUUAGUUAAUUCAGGGAAGAAAAAGUCAUUUAUUCCCCACACCCUCACCCCUUCUCCCCCCAAUUAUGUCCCUUUUUUAUAUGCUCCCUCGUUCUGGGAGCCUUAGAGAGCCAGAUUCGCACUUAAGGGUGUCCAUUUGGAUCGCGGUAAGGUUUGGGGUCCAAAGUUGUCUUUGGGGUGAUUUAUGAAAUCUCUUCCUAUUAUCCUCUUGUGUUGGUAGAAGCAGUUGUGUAGAUAAAGCAGUAGCUGUAUCAAAAAAAAAAAGAUUUAUUAAAGACACAGCUCCCUUUAAGCUAAAAAAUAUAAAUAAAUAAACUAAGGGCACCUUUUAGCCAUUUCCGAGUUUUUUAAAAUGCACAGUUUAAAAAUGAUAUAUGAGAGAAGAAUUUUAGUCUUAUUUUCUUUUUCUUUUCUUUUUGUUCUUUCUUUCUUUGGUUUUUCUUUUUUGGCAAGCACUUUUUAGAUUUCCUUUUUAAUUUAAAUAUAUAUUAAAAAAAAAAGGUGAACCGUUUGGCCGAAUGUAAUUAAAUAGGGGAGCGUAUGUUGUACGGAGAGGAUUUAUAUAAAAAAAAGCAGACAGGUGGAAAAAGAUGGAUGUUUUAUUUAAUACAAAAAAAAAAGCAAUAAAAACACACAAAAAAAAGAUUAGAAACAAAGAAGUCUUAGCACUUUGAAAUGGAACGGGUACUUUAAAAUCACUUUAUCUUAAUUUAAAAGAAAAAAAUAUAUAUCUAUAUAUCUAUAAAAAAGAAAGAAACAAAUAUGUUUACACGUUGAAACCAUCUUCUACGGAGAGAAAUUUAUUGUUGUUUAUUGUUUUUAUUAAAAUAAUUCCUAAAAUUGAAUUUAUUUUUGUAAGAGAAAAACAAAUAUGUAUAUAUAUAUAUCUAUAUAUUUGCAAAGAGAGAGAGAGAGAGAAAGAAAGAAAAAGACUCAAAUGGGAUUUUUCCAUUUUGGUUUGUUGGCUUGAUAGGGAAACAGAAGCAAAAAUAGGGGGGGAGGAUUGGAUUUAAUUAGAUUCUGUGACACACCACAAAAUUUAGGCAGAUAUAUGUAAAGCAAGCCUCGAAUAUGGUUUGCACUUCAGAAAAACAAUAUAUAUAUAUAUAUAAAAAUGGAAGCUUGAAUUUUUAAGCAGGAAUCAUGGGGGGGUUUUUUGUGUACGUUUAUUUUUUUUUCCCCUUCUUUCUUUUUGUCGUCUUUCUGAUUUUGUAUACAUGUCUCAUUGCCGGUGCUGGGCUUGUGCGUUCCGCAAUUGCGAUGUGGGUCUUGGGAGUGUCUCAGUGUUUGGACUGACCAACAGAUGUCAAUCUGGCCGCUGCAGAGUAAAGUAAGGCCAGGAUUAAGAGUACAGGCCUUGUAAACUGUCGGGAGGGGUUUCUCAUAAAUCUGCCACGGCAUAAUCUUCCUCUUUCCGCUGCGUCACUAAAAUGACGACCCACCGAUUUUCCUUUCCAGCUCGUAAAAGGCGGGAAACAUUGGCAACCCGGAGAAGUGAGGGUCUCUCUCUUUCUCCAUCAAGUGUGUAUGUGUAAAGGUCUUUCUCCACCCAGAGGAGAAAAACCACCUGAAAAACCACCAAAAAAUAUCGCCUCCAAAUUGAUGUAUUUUUCGCCGGGAUGGCCGAUUCACCCUGAAAAUUCAAGACGAGCACAAAUCCGAAAGCAUGCCUCAGCAGCCAGCCGAACAUCUUUUGACCUUUCCUUUUGACCCACCUACGCCCAGGGGUCACCAAACGUGGUCCCUUUAAGACUUGUUGGACUUCGACUCCCAGAAUUCCUUAACUGGGGAAUUCUGGGAGUUGAAAGUCCACAAGUCUUAAAAGUGGUCAAGUUUGGACACAUCUCUGACCUAGAAUUUUUUUUUAAAAAAAAAAGAUGAAGGGGUGAAUGGGAAGAGGGUGAUCCGUUUUUAAGUUUUUUGACACGUCAAGUUCCCGGGGUCCAUUUUGUCCUCUUCUGUUUUGUUGUUGUUGUUGUUGUUGUUUUUUCCUCCUGCACCAUUGUAGUCCGUUUGAGGGGAGGGGGAACCGACGACGGUCCCGGGGGGGACCUGGAUGGUCGUGUUCCCCUUUCCCUCCGCCCCGUCCUCCACUUUCUCUUCCACAGAGAUCUUUGGCUUCGCACUGAUUUUCAAUGAUUGCAUAUGCAAAAAUUAGCGUGGACUUUGUAAAUAGGUAGAUACAUGAGAUUCCUUAUAGUAACCAAAAGUUGUGGUUUCUUCUGUCCCAGGUUGUUUUUACACCCCUGUCUCCAUGACUGUUUUCCCAGUUGUGUGUCCUUCUUUCUCUCUCUCUCUCUCUCUCUCUCUCUGUUUGCCUCCUUCCAAAGCCCCCUCACAAUUGAUGAAUAUCCCCCCCCCUUAUUUUCCUUUCGCCUAUUUGAUGCCUUCUUCUCUUAAAUCCAGCUUCUACUUUCAGCUAGAUGCGAGGUCCUCUUUGGCUAAGAAACAACAGGAGACUGUCAGGAUGCUGCUUGGGUAUGAGCACAAUAUAGCAUUUUGUAGGUAUAUCUAUAUAUUUUAUAAACUCUCGGUCACUGUCGUUCAAGUGGGUAUUCUUUUUGUCCCCUUGCCGAGGGACACCUGCGGUCUCUUUCCCAGAUUCUCUGCCACACGGCAAACCAAAGUGUGAUCUUGGGUACCGCUCGAGCCCAUGACCCAACCCCAAACACAGCCGCUGGCCCCAUUUCCUGAGUGCCCCCUUUUUUGGUUUCAAUUUCGGCAGGAUUAGUUGGCCGACCAGGGGUGCUAGGCCCAGUUUUAAUCUAGGUUAUCAUCUCUGCUCGUCCGAGGAACUGUGUUUCAUUUUAUAACGAGGAAUUUGCCAAAAAAAAAAAAAAAAAAGCAAAAUAAAAAUGAAUACUGUCCCGCCCAUCCUGUCCUCGCCAGUCGUAACUCCAGUGCUACUCGGAGGGGAAGAUAACCCUGGUUCAAAACCAGCCCAGAGCAGAGUUUUUUAGCUCUGUCCUUGGUGUCCCUUCGUGGUCGUACAGUUGUCAUCAAAGAUAUUGUACUGACUUGGCAUUUCCCAACCCCCCCCCCCUUUAAUCAAACGGCAGUGGGACGGGAACGGAAUCCCAAAUCGGAGGACAUGAAAUCAGGAGGGAGCUGUGCAUGAGUGACGGCAACACUUUAACACAAGCUUUGAUGCAUUUGCACUAAAAAGAAAAAAAAAAUUGCAUUUCUGUCUCGCAUUCGGUCCUGCGUUGGCCUCUCGCGUCCGUUCUGCCUUAAACUCAUCUCAAAUCCUCUCUGUACAAGCGAUGAUUAAAAAAAUAACCGACUGCAUGCAAGGUUCGCCUCUUUCAAUCCCAUACUGUAUAUACGGCAUUGGAUUGGUUAUUUUUUUAAAAUAUAUAUAGAUAUAUAUAUAUAUAUAGUUUUUAAGGUUGUGGUAAAGUGUUGCCAAAGAAACUUGUGGAUUUUUUUUAAACCACAAUUCAGGAAGAAGCUGUUCUCGCUUCGAAGGGUGAUCGGUAAUAGAAUGUGUUUUUCCCAGGGUAGAUUUCUUGGUGAAUUUCAACAAGGUGCUUGGUCCAAGCGUGUGUCUCUCUCUCUCGUCGUUUGAUUUUGUACGUUUGGGGAGAGGAGGGGAGCACUCUAAACUCAAAGGAUUGAUUGGUUUCCAAAAAUUAGGAAUGAUUUAUUGGGAGGAGCGUAUUGUGGUGCUUAAAAUACAUCCGGGAGUUUCUGGGAUUGAUUCCGUUGAAAAAUAAUCCAGAAUCUUGCCCCCCCCAAAAAUGCUAUUGUGCUUAAAAUGGGUAUAAGAUGGCAACCAUAGGAGAGAACCCCAAAGUUUCUUCUCUUCUCCCCAACUGAGAAGGACACGCACACUCUUGUUGACACCCUUAGCUGUUCUCAGGUCAUGUCCUCGUUGUGUGUGAAUGUAACUUGGGAGAGAUUGAUCACCCGAGCUGGAAGGAAGGUGACUUUACACCGCUGAGGAACAACCAAGAAGUUUGGCCCAUCAAGAUGAUAAGAUCCAAAAUGUCAAACGGGUUGAAUGUUUUGCUGGACGUAAUUGUCUCUUGUGGUGGGAGGGGAGCUUAUCUGUCAAGGGUUGAACCAGCAUAAUUUGUAGCAUCCAGGAAUUUUUUUUUGAUGAGAAAACCAACUCAUUCAAUGUUCCACCACUUCCUCCAUCUUCUCCUCUUCUCCACCCAAAGUUGACUGGGUUGAUGUCUCUUCCAAGACUCUUGAUUUGUAAGCACCUUUGAAAUAUGACUUGUCUCCAUUAAAGCCAGUUGUAGCGAGGACCCCAACUCGUUCAACGUUCUACCACUUCUUACGUCUCCUCCUCCUCCUCCUCCUCCUCUUCGCCCAACGUUGGUUGAGUUGACGUCUCUUCCAAGACACUCGAUUUUGUAGGCACCUUUGAAACGUGGCUUGUCUCCAUUAAAGCCAGUUGUGAGGACCCCCAACUCAUUCAACGUUUUACCACUUCUUACAACUUCUCCCCCUCUUCGCCCAACGUUGGUUGAGUUGACGUCUCUUCCAAGACACUCGAUUUUGUAGGCACCUUUGAAACGUGACUUGUCUCCAUUAAAGCCAGUUGUAGCGAGGACCCCAGCAGCAAGAGGUGGAGAAGGAACUUGUGACACUGGCAAGAUGGCAGCAGAGGGACAGCCCACCUUCCAGUAGCAACACCAGUUGGCCAAUUAUUUUUCCCCCAGUUCUUUUCCUCCAGCAGGUCUCGAUGAGAGGGAGGCUGUGUGUUGGUCCUCCUUCUCCAGCUCAACCCAACUUCACCUACUCAAAGCCUUAAGCAUGGUAAAUGAAUAAGAAUAAAAAGAACACAACACCUUUAAAUUGUCAAGGACUUUUUCUUCUUUGCACUAAUGUUGACCCAUUGGAUUCGGUGGGCCGAUUCUGUUGCACUUUUCGAACAAAACAAAAUAAAAUAAAAUUACACACACAAAAAAAAUAAUGCUUUUCAGUUCUUAACCUGGAUCGCUUGAAGAUGGGUGGACUUCAACUCCCAGAAUUCCCCAGCCAGCAUGGCUGGCUGGGGAAUUCUGGGAAUUGAAGUCCCCAGCUCUUAAAAAUUGCCCGGGUUUAGAAAUUCUGCUCUGGACUAAGCAGUGAAAAACAUGAAGCAAGGACUUGGGGACAUUUCCAGUUGCAAGUUGACGUAGAGGUAGAAAUCUUCCCCCAGUGAAAUGAAUUGCUUCUUCUCUUUUGAUAUCUGAUGUUGUUUAUGCUUCCUGCUCUCCCUUCUUCCCAUCCUCAUCACCACCGCCCCAAUUUAAAAGGAGAAGCCCAUCCUUUGGACAACUUCCACUUCUGCUGGGGGGGAGGGGGUUCCCCUCUUCCAUGGUGUCUCGUUGAGGUUCUUCAACAAGGCACAGUCUAAAUCAGGUUCUUCUCCGAACGCUUAGAUAGUAUCUUGUUCAAUGUUGAUUUACGUCCAAUUCUUUCAUCGUGGCUUCUUUUCUAAUCUCCUGGCCAUCCAUAAUCAUGAUCAAAUUCCUCCUCCUUCUUCUUUUUCUUCUCCUUCUCCUUCUCCUUCUCCUUUUCCUACUUCGCCGCGUCCUCCUUCUCCUCCUCCUCCUCCUCCUUUUUUUCUUCCUCCUCCUUUUCUUCUUUUUCUUCUUCUUUUCCUUCAGAUCCAGCCGCCCAACAUUGUCCUAUAAAACAAAGCUACACAUCUAUUUAUAAUUUCUGCUUACACCGAAAGUUUUAUUUAAAUCGAAAGAAACCUUUUCAAUGUAAACUGUUGGAUUUGUUUUGUUUUGUUUUUCCCCAAUUUUUUUUUAAAAAAACUUUUCUUCUAACUGUCCAUGUGAGAUUAGUUUCCUAAGUGGGUGUCCAUUUAAAGUAUUCCCCCCUUUUUUUUAGCCUAUGGAGAACUUUAAUAAAAUGCUUUAUUAAAGCUAUGUGUUCUAAGAAUAUAUAUUAUGAUAUAUGAAAUAUAUAUAUAUAUACACACAAAAGAGAGAGUUUGAAUUUUAUUCUGAGAGCGGGUCAUAAAACUCUCUUUUUUCCCUUUACCAAAAAAUAAAAAUAAAAAUGUUGUUUAGCUACAGGGACGAUAAAGUGACGAUUCCAUCAGCUAAAAGCCAAUUUUCUUAAAUCCUAUUAUUACUGUUAUUAUUAUUCAGAGCACUCUAAAUGUUCAUUUUCUUGUAAAAAAAUAAUAAACCGACUUUAAACGACUAAUUUACUGUUGUUGAGUGAGCAAAAGCACAUAGAAGACAUUCCGUGUUUGUUGGAUAGGUUUUUUUUUUUCUUUUUAAAAAAAAUUGGGGGGGGAGAUAAAUGCAGAAUAAAUAUAUAAAAACAUGAAAUGCACUUUUUGCAGAGGGAAGGGGCUAUAUAUAAAAUUUAAAAUGCAGUUGCUCUUUUGUUCUUGUAUAUAAGAUUACCCCCUUGAAAAGCUAAUGUAAUAAAUGCUAAUUUUAAUUGCCUAUUUUUGGAUAUCUUUUUUUUUUUUUUUAAAUAAAGAGUUCUAAAAUAUUGAUCUUCUGGUUGAAAAUAUGAAGAGAGAGAGAGAGAGAGGAGGAGGGGAAAAACAGAUGAAGGAUGAUAAAAGGCAGUUGUUUGCUCAAAGGGCCAACCUAGGGGACGAUAUUCUCAAUUGUGUGUUUCUAGAUCAGCGUCGGAUUUUAAAAUAGCUGUGGCACUUUCCAAGCAGUCUGUAAACCAGGGGUGUCAAACUCGAUUUCAUUGAGGGCCGCAUCAAGUUUGUGUUUGACCCACUAGUGGGUUUCACUUACCUUCGCUAGCGGUUCAGUAUGCACAUGCACAGAGUGUCCGUGAUGACGUCUGGGCAGGUGGGCAGAGGCUCCCGCCACCGCCGCUGCUACCGGUUUACCCGAACCGGGGCGAACCGGUAGAAACCCACUACUGGUUCGACCUCGGGAGGCUGGGGUGGGCUUGGCCAGCAUGACAUCACGUUGGGCGGGGCGCCUGUGGCGGCCCGAGCGCUCUGCCAGUGAAAACGGGCUCCCAAGCUCCAUUUUCAGCUGCGACGGCCUCCUGCAACCCUCUGCCAGGAAAAACGGAGCUGGGGAGGGCCGCGUGCGGCCCUCACGAGCUCCAUUUUCUCUGGCAGAGGCACCGCGGGCCAGUCCUUCACUGUUUGCAGGAUGGCUCCGCAGGCCAGAUUUAAGCACCCCUAAGCAGGCCAGGAUCCGGCCCCCCGGGCCUUGAGUUUGACACCCCUGCUGUAAACUAACCAGGAACCUUGGUUUAUAAAGGCUUGGAACCUUGGUUUAUAAAUUAGCUUUCCGAUCAUAACCAGGCAAAGGGUUUUUGUUUUUUUUGUUGCCCCCGGAUAUUAUAAACCCCCCCUCCCCACGCAUCCAAAUAGAUGGGUCCACGGUAGGUAUAUUGUUUGCCGUGAUUGCAGAUUCACAAACGCCAUUCAGCGGGGGACUCCAAUGACUGUUUAGGGACGGCUGCAGAUUUUUAAAAAUGCCCCUGAAUUUAGACCUGCAGGUUCCCAUCUGCACCCCGCUCCCCCAAACGGCCGCUUCUCCGAAUCUUUCUUUUCUUUUUAAUUCAAAAAUUUCAAAAAAGCCACCAAUAACAAUCAGACAGGGUUGUUGCAUCCAUAGGUGCCUUUUGAAUAGUUAAGGCCAUUGAAAAAAAUGUCCUACAGCAUUCUUUUUUUAAAAAAAAAGGGGGGGAGAAUAUAUUGGGUACAGGUGGGCAGUUUGUGGGGAAAAAAAUUGUCCGGUGACAGAUAACGCCAUUGGUUGGCUUAUAUAUUUUGGGGAGAGUUUUAAGGGGAGGGAAUUUAAUAAAAAACCUCGUUUGAACCCAACAUCACGAAUUUUCAUUUGUAGAGCCUCUCAGCUUUGUGAAAACUAGAACUGGAGGAAAACUCUUGAGUUAGGAUAGAAACUCACAGGAUGAGAUUAAAAUAUUUGAAGCGGCCCCACGAGAUGAGAUGAGACAAAAUGAUGGUGGGGGGGGGAUGGAAACAUGUUUUCAGCUUGGAAUAAAAUAGCCCAACUCAAAACGUUUUGUCGAGCUCCCCAAAUUAGACAAAACUCCCUCGGGACUUAUCCAGGUGGUUUUUGAAGUUGAAAGGCUCCAAACUGGUGGAGGGUUUUUUUUUUUUUUUAACCCCGGCCCCCUUUAAAAAUGGUCGGACUUCGACUCCCAGAAUUCCUCAGCCGGCAGGAAUCCUGGGUGUUGAAGUCCGCCCAUCUUCAAGUGGUCAAGAUUGUCGGGGGAGAAAACACGAGUCUCCGAUGAACCUGUUUGUCCUUGUGAUCUACAGCGAGACACACAUCUGCUGUUAGGAAGCACCGAGUUUGGUUCUGAGAUCAGCCCGAAAUGGGGGGGUUUGUGUAGAUUUCGAGACAAAAUUCUCGAAAUAUGUGAUUUGGGGUGCCCGGCUCGCUUUGAACUGGCUUUUAAAUAUGUGGAAAUCCAGAAAGAGCUUAAAGACCACCUUUUCCCCCCGAACUCAGUGAAAUUUAGCACACCAUGGCCUUAACUUUGUGUUCCCUGUUUAGUGUUGUCAAUUAUUUCCCACAAGGUCUAUCACAACCCAUCCCACGAAAGCUUUAGACUUAACAUUUGUCUGUGAGGUUCUCUUUCGGGAUCCGUUCAAAGUCCAGAUGGCCAACAGGGUUGGCCUUCAGGAUCCAGGAAGGCAGUGCAGAAGCUUGAUAAUCAUAACCACACAACCCAUGUGCAUCAGCUAGUCUUCCAUGGGUGGGGUAGGGGAGUGGCUUCCAUUUUCUUCCUCUUCUGCAGUCCGUAAAGCCUUCCCUCACCAGUUCCUUCCCCGAUAGGUGCAGGAUUUUGAUGUUGCAGGAUGGGAGGGUUGAUGUCCUUCAACUCGAGACGUGUCCCUCUUUCAAUCAUGUGAGAUGUUGUCAUCCCCUCAAGUGUGAGAUUUGUUGUGUUAACUUUUGACCGUAAGGGAUAGAGAUGACCUCCAGAUCAUCGAGCAGUGGCCAACUUUGGACCAAGUGGAUUUGAAGGACAUUAAAAGUGUAGUAGAAUAUCAGGAAAGACAGAGAUGGCUCAUAGGAUUGUCCCCUUAGGUUGGGCCUCAUAUGAGGCCACCAAGAGUUUUCUCAGUUGUGUGUUUGAUUGCUCAGGAAAGGAAAGGGAUCAUAAAUUGACCUGAAGCUAUUGACCAGUUUUUACUACCGGUUUUCUCAACCUUGGGACAAAAGAUCCACCCUUUCUUAACUUGGAAAGAUCCUUUCCAAAAUCUAACCAAGCCAUUAGGUUCUUCCAGAUACGCUCCUUUGAGCGACAAAGGAAGAAGGAAGCCAUGUUCACCCAAUUUCCAUGGUGCCUCGUAUCUACUCCAACCUUGCCCUUACCAGACAGGUUACUCGGGAAUCAGAGUUGGACUAUCUUCACGGUGGUGCUAACUGACGAGUUUCUUUUCUCCUGAUUUGGAAUCAGUGACAUCUUGAGUUGGUGAGCCUCCUAGUUUCAGGUAUUCGGCCAAAAUGAAUCCUUGAGCGAGGAAGACAGGCACGGGUCUCAUCGCAACAACAGUUGUGAGUAUACAACAGUCAUAAAAGCCAAGACGAAGCUUUGAAGAACCUCUCCGUAGUUCUGGAGAUGAAUGGCAUCGGUACAGAGAUAUUCUGGCUGAUUUACAAAUUAAUUGCCCCAUUUCUCCAAAGCUUUGAUUUUGGAAUCUUCGAAGAGACCAGAAUUAAACGCCAGUCAUAAAUGAGAAAUCUCAAGCCAACAAACGAUUAAAAUUGAGCAACGACCGCAAAUUCAAAAUGGGCUUUUUUCUCACACACACACACCCCGUUCAAAGCACUGUUUGCUCGAUAUUUGGAAAAUGAAUUUUGGAAUUUUGCUCAAUAUUUGGAAAAUUAAUUUGCAUGUAGAGCUUGGCCCCUCCUGGCUUUAUUGUUGGCUCCUCUCAAGGAUUCAUGGAAAUUGUAGUUCCACGUUGGGCCAAAUGCCCGACAAGACCGAGAGCCCAUCUCUCUCCUCCAAGCGUAACCUAGGUUAAAUUUGGCUUAGCUGUCUAGGGUCUCGGCAAAAUUUCCCAGGAAGUGCAGUUUUGGAUGCAGAUUCUUCUUUCCGCAGAUCGAUUAGUCUCAGGGGUUUUCGUGUGUAUGUGUGUGUGUGUGUGUGUGUGACUGCGUGACUUUCUCGAAACCGGUGUAGCGGUGUAGACACGCCAUCCAAAUGUUCUCGGAGAGAGUUCUCCAGCACCAAUGCUUUGGAGUGUAAAUGACGCCUUAGCUCUGUCUCUAGUAUCCAGCACCUUGUCCGUUAUAUAUAGCAAAUAUCCUGCGCUGCUGCUUCUUUUUUUUUUUUUAACUUUUCUUUUAUUGUUUUGGCAAAUGUUGGGAUAGGGAGGUGAACUGUUUGUUGAGAAAUGCUGAAAAAAAUUUUUUUAAAAAAAUCUCUGGCCGAAGCAAAAAAUAGUUCCAGAGAAAAUAGACCUUCUAUCCAGCUGUUCAUUUUUCUGGUCUUGCUUUUCUAAAUUAAUUCUGCGUGAAUUCUUCGGGAUCUCUCUUUCCUAAAAUCCUUUCUUCGCCAAGUUUUUUUCUUUCUUUCUUACUUACUUUCUUUCUUUAUCUUUCCUCGUUGUCUUUUCCCAAAGUAGCAAUGAAUUCGAUGCGCUCAGAUCUGGGCCAGACAAUUUUUCUUCCUUUCUCUUAAAUCUUCCUUCCCUCCUGAAUGGGGGAAAUGAACUGCGUCUUUUCACGGAUUCUUUUUUCUUCUCUUUUUUUCCUUCUUCCUUCCUUCCUAAAUCAGCAACGGAACUUUCUCGCUGAAGGUUCGCCCACCAUCGUUUUAAAUUUUUGAGAAUAGUGAAUUCAGGAAAUGCCUGAGGUUUGUUGGGAAGUUUUCGGAACUGUUUCAUAUAUAGAGAGAUAUUAAAAAAAAAGAAAAAAGAAAAAAAUUCAGAUUAUUUUUAUGGACACCCAGGCUGUGGUACCCAACACUAACUUCACAUUCGGGGGUGAGAGAAGGUUUAUUUUCUCACCCUGGCUAUUUUGUGUUUGUUUUCUAAAAAAAAAGAAAGAAAGAAAGAAAAUGCAAAAGAUAGACUUCGUGCAGAAAUUUAAAAAUAAAAAUGAAAGUAAAAUUGCGGCGAUUUUCUCUUCUUGCUCAGAAUUGGUUGUUGACUAAAAUCGAAUCAAUUGUAUGUUCCUUUUUUUUUUCCAUAUAUUGUACUGUACUAGAGAACUGUUAAUUUUUUUGCACUAAUAGAUUUCCUUUCUCUCGGA